UAACAAGAGUGAAAGAGAAGAGACAGGCAGAAGCUUGGGCAUGCCGCUUUGGAAUCUAUAAUUUGGGGCUAGGGUUACCAUUGCACCAAACACUGCUACUAGUAGCUUCUGAUUGUAACUUCUAAUUCGUUCGCAAAAUGGAGACUUCUCUCAGAUACGGUGGAAAUUCCAAAGCUCUGAGAAUCCACGCCAAGGAAAAGUUCCCCAUCGACUCCAAAACCUACUUGCAGGUGCACGGAGAGCUUGAUACAAGGCUUGGAGAUCCGAGUUAUCUUAGUGCAGUGAUAAGACACUUCUACCCAGAUUUCUCAGCAAGCCUUGGGGUUGGUUUGCAAUAUGAUAAGCGUGAGAGUCUACGGUAUAUUGUACGUGGGAAGAAGUCGUUUCCCGUCACAACUAAUGGCCUCAUAAGCUUUAAUAUCAAGGGGCGGUGCGAUGUGGACAAAGAAUUUAAAGAGAGAAAGACAAGCGGAGCUGCUGAAUUUUCUUGGAGCUUAUUCAAUUUUCAGAAGGACCAAGAUGUUAGGGUAAAACUUGGCUGUGAAGUGUUUGACAAGAUCCCCUAUCUGCACCCCUAUCUGCAGAUCAGGGAAAACAAUUGGACGUUCAAUGCUGACGUGAAUGGUAGAUGGAAUGUGAAAUAUGACUUGUGAGGAACAGAACUUCAUUAUUUGUUUGGAGAUGUUCAAUGAUUGGAUUUUUACUCCUGAAAUUUAUUUAUCUAAAUUUCUUCUGCCCAAAUUUCGGCCUCCCAUGGCUGGCAGCCUGAGUUCAUGGAGGUUGAGAAUUUGGCCACUCAUCUGGGAUGGGGUCCUACUUGUCACCCAGAUUUUAGGCUGAACUCCUUUUGUUAAGAUAGGUCAUAGAAAGUGACAUUGCCGGGGGACCUUGAGAUUUUCGUAUCUUCUAACAAAAAACAUAUUCAAAGUUGAUGUCAGUAGAUUUGAUUAAAGGUAUAUACGAUCUGCUUGGUAAUGCCAGUUGUCAUGAUGACAGUGAUGUUGCUAUAUAUGCGUUGGUAUUCAAUGUGGAGUUGAAUUGAGAAAUGCUACACUCUACUGCCAAGUGUAUAUUUUUUUGAUGUGCCAGUGAAAAUAUUAUUGGAUUCAGACUUUAAUAGUGAUCCUUCCAAAUUUUAAUUGUGAUUUUUAU